GCAAAGGCCCUGUGCGUCUGUGCAGCAGAUCUCUUUAUCAACACGGCAACCAUGCAUUCAGUGUUGUUCCCGUGAUUCAUUGACUGCCGUGCUCACAGGCGCACGUGGUAACACGCUCAUGCGAGUUUCACUGGCAACCACAGCUUCUUCGCUGUCGUAUGCAAUUACAUCAUCAAGCAUGAAUUAAUUCAUCCUUUCUUUUUGAAGCAGCUAGGCUUUUUCUCCUCGUGGCCUAAGUAAAUCCCUUGCGAUAUGGAAAUUUGGCCCGUCGUUAAAGCGGCUAUGAGCAGAUGAAGAAUGUGUAUGGAAGAUUUGGCACACAUUUGAUGGGAAGAUGUGAACGUGAUGAUCUUGUUGCGUUGGUUUGCAAUAAUUGCAGCUUUAGGUUUUGCUUGCUCGUUCACUUCUGGCCAGUAUUCUUACCAGUCACUUAAGCCAGAUUUGCUGCGUCGUGAACUACGAGUCCGAAGUCCGUCAUCUUUGAAAAGCAGUUCUGAAAGUGAAGGAUCUUGUGGCCAAAGUGAGAUAGAGCAUAAUGUGACACUCCGUGGGGGAAUAAGGGCAGGAUAUUUCAGGAAAUUGGCCCAGUACGUAGCUAUGAAAUUGUGUGUUGAGCUGUGCUGUGAGGAAAAAGGCUGCGAUGUUGCAUUUAUGACAGGAAGAAAUUGUUAUGGCGUUCAGUGUUUCAGUGAAGAGCAGUGCCAAUCUAUUCCGACGAAAGGUUUUCCAUCGGAACAAAUCUUUGUCUCUCAUGUUACUUUUAAAGGAGAAGGAACCCAAAAGGUUCAUGAGCCGAAAAACCUGAAAUGCUCUGCGACCAGGAUGAAAGUUGGAGUGACUCUUAGAGGUGGCCUAAAGGCUGGGAAUUUUACUGAUGUAGGAAAGGUGGAUAAUAUGGUCAUUUGCACAAAACUUUGCUGCGUGGCUGAGAGAUGUGAUUUGGCAAUGAUGAUCAACCAAAGCUGCUUUCUAGUGGCCUGCUAUACCAUGGAACUAUGCCAAGUAGUCAAGGCAAUAAGCAACAGGUACCAGCCCAGUGUUGCGUAUGUUAUGAGACACACUGGCGACCUGCAAGAAGAAACAGCUACAAAACUUCAGGCAUUACACACACUGGACUCUAAGUUAAUGUGCAAAAACAGCCAAAUCUUUUACAACUCAACUCUCCGUGGUGGAUACAAGGCAGGGAACUUUACUGACCUUGGAAAAGUACCCAACAUGUCAGCCUGUAUACGCCUGUGCUGCGGAGAUAAAAAUUGUGACGCUGCAUUCAUGCUUGAGAAGAACUGCUACGCAGUGGCCUGUGUACAAGAAGAUCUAUGCACCCCAGUGCAUGCUAAAAAGUCAGGUGCAUUGAUUUCUCUUAAUCCGAGGAUAUCUUACAUUACCAGCAGGACUGAAGAAGUUGCAUCAAAAAACCUGAUAUCAGUCGAUGGCUCUUGCCAUGCAGGAGUUAUUUCAUAUGACGUCACGCUUAGAGGGGGUAUGAGUGCGGGAAACUUUACUCCUCAUGGCAAAGUUGGGAGCAUGGAAACCUGCAUUGAAAAAUGCUGCAGACAAGGUGAUUGCAAUGCUGCAAUGAUGCUGAAGGAUGCCUGUUUUACGGUAUCAUGUCAGAAGGACGAGCUGUGUGAGAAGAAACCAAUACCGACAUCUUCGAGCUACAAUCCAAAAAUCGCCUUUGUAUAUAGGGAUAGAAAGCAGAAAAAGAAAGCUACAAAGCAUCCAGUGCCAUCUUUCGUUAGGCCAAUGUCGUUGACAAAACCAACAUACAAACACGGAACGGGAAAAGUAAAGCAGAAUGCUGGUCUUUUGAUAAAUGUUCUUCCAACAAAGAAUUACCACGUCAGCAUAAAACCUCCAGGGCUGGCUGACGGGACUUUGAUGAAACAUUUCGAAAAUAAACCUGAUACUUUUAAGGCCUCUCUGAAGGAGACUAGGCCCUCAAAGAGUGUAUUUGCCUCCCAACAUAAACCAAGUUCCCUUCAUGAAAUGGUGGAAUUCAUAACAACAGGCCUAGCGUCAAAAUCAUACACUCAUCAUACUAAUAGACAAAACAGUUCACUGCCAGUAACAACUACGUUAGGACAGUUGACUGGAAAAAAGUCAGUAGAGCGAUUUCCAAUUAGAAACGCAGCUGAUAAGUUUGUAAAAAUGAAUUUGAAAAUGCCUGGGUCUGGUCUUGACCAUUUAAAAGGUACUGAAAAGAGCGAUAUCCAAUCAUUGCCAAUAGAAGAAAAUGCACCUAAAAUUCCAGUUGAUGCUAAUACUCAGCUGGGAGAGGCACCUACCAGAGGCGAUGUUCAAGAAUUAGUAAAGGAACUUGAAAAGAAUAACUCAGACAGCUCGGUUAUUGCAUCCGAAGAAUCUGGUGAUGGUGAAAGUUAUAUGACUUCAGAAAAUCCAAAAAACGAUUCGAGCAAUGCAACUUUGGAUCUAAGUGAGUCGAAACAUUUUGCUGGUAGAGAAGAGGAUUUUCAAGCCCAGAGAUUUCCAAGUCUGAGUUUGAUUGGAGAUGAUGUUGGCUGCACGAACAGUGAGAUCAUCAAAAACGUCACUCUCCGAGGAGGGAUUAAGGCUGGGAAGUUCAGAGACCGCGGAAUCAUGGAAGAUUUUCGCCAGUGCAUCAAAAUAUGUUGUUUGUCAAAACUUUGCGAUCUGGCAUUUAUGCUUCGCAAUAAUUGCUUCACGGUCGAGUGUAAAAGUGAGGAGCUGUGCGAAGCAGUCGCUGUCAAAACGACCAAAGAAUCACCUCCGAUGCUUGCCUAUAUUUACGCACGCAGUUCUGCGCAUGCGAAACGUGAUACCCAGAAUAAUAAUAUCAACGACGACAUAAUAUUUGGAGAUCUGGACCGGUCGAGAGCUGACCUCCAUGUCUCUAGAAGAACAGUAGAGGUUUCAGACAACAAAUCCUCGAUAAUCUUAAAAAAGCGUUGGACUGCCAGUGAUUCAACGGACAAGAGCGAUUAAUACAAUAAACACAGUUUAUAGAAAUAGUUAUUGGCUUUUUGUAAAUAUAAUUUUCAUCCCCAUAACCGUUAAUAUUUGUAUAAACUGCCAGUUGACGAAUUGCGGAGUGAAAAAUCUCUGAAAGCAAGUCAAACUUUUUGCCUUUGCAAGAAAGAAAGCAUUUGUUGUGGUAAAUGCAUUAAAGCAUUUAUAUGUAGUACAUUUUUCUGUUAAAAUCAGGGAUGGUUUUUUUCUGAAAAUUAUUUAUGCAUAUUUACUGCUUUCCUGAGAAUUCCUUUAGAAGAGCGUAAAGUAUAAAAUUAUACGCAUUUUAGCAAAUUCUAAGAGGCUGAGCAAUAUAGUUUGCGAUGAAGCUCGUCCUUCAAGCUUGACACCCGACUAAAACAUAAAAAUGGAAGGAUCUUUUUCAAGUUAAAUUUUUUUAAGGCUAUAGUUUAAAAUGACGUCAUCAUGCAUCAUCAUAAUGAAUAUCACGCGGUUAAAGUUAAAAGCAACUCAAUCUGAAUCAAAUUAAAAUUUCAAUUUGAUUAUUGAGUUCAGUUACAAUUUGAGCCAAGUUGCCAGAAACUUCCCCUAUUUGUUUUUAUAACAAGCCUUCCCAGCUAGAAGGUAACAUCAUAAGUAGUUUCGUUGUCCUAUUCAUAGUUUUUCUAGUCUAUUUUUGCUCCUCAAUCUUUCAGUGACUGUAUAUCAAUUGCUAUCUAAUUUUUUGUAUGUUGUAAUUUUUGUAAAAAGUUCUGAUUAUAAAACCAGAAAGCAGAUUGUAGAGAAUAGCUUUUUCUUACUUUGA